GUUGUCUUUUAGAAAAGCCAAGAAGAAUCUUUUGAACUGCAGACGAAGUUAGGCUAAACAAGGCAACAAACAUUGAACUUGCUACCAAACGAUUGACUAGUUUAGAUCAAAGACAACCAAAAUCAGAAGUAGUGAAACUUAUAAUCCCAGCUGAUCAUAUACACUCUCGUAAUUCUUCUCAACUUCCAUGGCCAUCCUCACUGAAUUACCAGAAGAACAAGAUGCAGCAAUGACAUAUGAUGUUUUCCUGAGUUUCAGAGGGAAAGACACUCAUCUAGGUUUUACGGAUCACCUCUACCAAGCUUUGGUGAAUGAAAACAUCUCUACCUUUCUUGAUGAGGAAGAGGCUGAAACUGGUGAAAAACAUAAACCAGAACUUGCAAGAGCUAUAAAAAGCUCUCGUGCUUCGAUAAUCGUCUUGUCUAAGAACUACGCAACUUCAACAUGGUGUCUGGACGAGCUCUUGAUGAUCUUAGAGCAACGACGGGUCUCUGACCAUAUUGUUCUCCCCAUUUUUUACAACGUUGAGCCGACACAUAUCAGGAAGCAAGAAAGCACUUUUGGAAAAGCGUUAUUUAAACACAAACAGAGGAUUGAGUCCGAAAAGGAUGCGGAGAAGAAAAUUGAAGUGCUCAUAAGUUGGAGAUGUGGACGAAAGGACUUACAGAGAUUGCUGAUUUGAAAGGAAAAGAUGCAAGUGGAAGAAGAGAGACGGUGGUCAUUGAAGAAGUCGUGAAAGAAAUUAUUACGAGACUGGAACUAUUAGCGAUAAAAUUUAAAGUUUUAGAUAAGAUUGUAUUUGUAUUAUUUAAAUUCCUUUAUUAUAGUGCUAGCUGUUAUAUUUGUACGUGUAUAUAUUGUAUCUGAUUUACAUGAAUUAGAAUCACGGAUUAAAUCCUCAUAUGGUAUCAGAGAGGGUUGCGUAAAAACCUAAUCUUACCUCAAAUCUUGCUCGUCGUCUUCCUCCCUCCAUGGCGUCGUCUUCCUCAGAGCUUCCCCUUGCCACAAUUUUGCAUCUGCUCACAAUAAAGCUUACCUCUUCCAAUUACCUAAUUUGGAAGAAUCAAAUCAAACCCCUUUUAUCCUAUCAGCGUCUUCUUAAGCAUGUCGAUGGUACAAAUCCAUGCCCACCUGCUACCAUUCAGCUACCAUUCAAACCGAUGGUAAAUCUGCCGCAAAUCCCGCCCAUCAAUCUUGGAUUGAAGCAGAUCAACGGGCUCUUUUGAUUAUCCAAUCCUCCCUCUCUGAGGAGGCCAUGGCAGAGACGCUAAAUCUUUCUACUUCACACGCAAUUUGGCAAGCUUUGGAGCAAGCUUAUAGUCACGAUUCCAUGGAGAGGGUUCAAACUCUGCGAGAUUCACUUAGGCAGAUGCAGAAAGGAUCCUCCUCCGUAUCAGAGUUUGGCCGAAAAUUCAAGGGAGUCUGCGAUCAAUUGUCUGCUGUGGGCCAUCCAGUUGAAGAGACUGAUAAGGCCCACUGGUUCCUUUGUGGACUUGGGUCUGGGUUCGAGACUUUCUCCACAUCCCAGCGGGCUGUCAAGCCUACCCCCUCCUUCCGCAACCUGUUAUCCUAUGCAGAGAGCCACGAAAUUUUCAUGGCUUCAAUUCACAGUAAUGUUGCCACUACUCCGGUUGCUUUUACAGCCACUACUACUGCAGCUCCUCGCAAUCCCACCAACUACAACUCUAGAGGACGUGGUGGUCAAACUUCCAGAGGUGGAGGUGGCAGAGGGCGUGGUGGCCGCCGCCCUCCACACUGCCAAUUGUGUAGGACCAACGGACACUAUGCGUCUUCUUGUCCAGACCUCUCGUCAUAUGCAAAAGGAGGUACAGUUGAUGCUAAUUUGGUUCAUGAAUUUCAGUCAAAGUGCAACACAAAUUCUGAUUGGUAUGUAGACUCUGGGGCUUCGGCACAUAUGACACAUUCAGCCUCAAAUUUGGACACUUCCUCUUCCUACACAGGCAACGAUCAUGUUGCUGUUGGCAAUGAAUCGAAGCACCAAGGAUAUAAUAGCAAGGGUUGCAUCGGAUCUAGAUAAACUUUUCAUCUCAACAUUUGAUGAAGGACUGCCAUCACUCUCAACUUCAGCAGCCACAGCCGCAUCUCCACAGCCUCCUGCCGAGGUGCUUUCUGCUACAGAUCCGGAGCCUUGUAGCUUCUGCUCUAUGUCCGCUCCUAUCUCAGCCGGUUCCACUGCUCAGCCACCGCCGGAGGUUCCUACUUCACCACCCGAGACGCCGCAACAGUCACCUGCUGUCACACCUCCGGUUACGCCACCAGUCACUCCACCGGCUACACCUUCUCCAUCACCGCCACCCUCACCCCCACCAGCCACUCAUCCUAUGAUUACUCGGGGCAAGGCUGGUAUUAUUAAACCAAAAUAUAGAGCCGAUUUUGCAUCUCUUGGCACAACAACUCUCUUUCAAGCCUUACUCACUACCUCAGUUCCUAAAGGAUUCAAGUCUGCGGCCAAGAAUCCACAAUGCCAAAAAGGUCUCGCCUACUCGCAUAUCCUCUCCCCCUAUCAGACAACAACUGGUGAUCGCCCACAGUUAGUUUGUCAAAUUUGCACCAAGCCUUAUCACGAGGCUCACAACUGCCAUCAGCGACUCAAUCUCACCGCCUUUCCAACAACAAAUCGUAAAGCAGCUGAUCGUCAUCGCCAAUCUCAAUCCUUAGCCAAACAAGCAUUUUCAACUUACACCACAAGUCCAUCGGCCCCGACUGAUCCGUGGGUGGUUGACUCGGGUGCUACACAUCAUGUGACCGCUGACUUUGAAAAUCUCAAUCUUUAA